AUUGGGACCUUUUUGUUUUGUGUCCUGUGUUACCAGAAUGCCUGAGUGAGUGAGUUGAGUGAGUAAGUGAAUGUUUUGGGGGCAGUGAACAGGAAUCUGGACCAAGGCUUUCGUAGGACUAAGCCCAGAUCAAUUAUUAGACAAACCAUUCAGACUUUACUGUAUUUUGUCAGAUAGAAGACGAGCCCUGCAAAAAUAGAGGUUAAAUUUUGGUUAUACCUGUAUUUACCCAAAAGGAAGAGGAUUCUGAAUUUAAAAUGGCCCCCUGAUUUCUAAUAGCAAAGAACUAGGGGGGAAACCUAGGCUUGUAUUCAGUACUAUCUUUCUGGCUUAUGUUGAAUUUCUCAGACCAAAUCUCCAGGGCCACAAAACAGAAAUCAAUAAAUCUCCCCUGUGUGGUGAUAACCUUUUUACUGCCAAUACAGACAGACUUUUCACUGCCUUGAACAAUGUAGAGGAGCACUUAUAAAAUGCAUACUUGGACUCAGUGAUGAGAGAAGGAAGUGCACUGGAAGCCAAAAGGAACCUUUGAAGAACAAUUAUAAUGGGACAUCAGACACCUGUAAGUACAGCCCAAGGCUCUGGAAAACUCAAGAACUGAAAUGAAUCCUGGUGCAUGAGUCGAAUAUGUCCAGGAACUGGUAGUAACUCUGUAGCGUGUGCAAAGGGGCAAAAGUGUGAACCUGGACAAAGAAACAUCUUUGGACUUCAAAACCGAAAAUUCUAAUUGAGGCAGCAUCCUCCUUUGUAAUGAGUAAAAGAAUGGAUAAUCAGUCGUCUGUCUCUGAGUUUCUGCUCCUUGAAUUUUCAGCAGUCCGUGAAUUGCAAAUUCUACACUUCUUUCUCUUCCUGGUAUUGUACUUGGCAAUUUUAGCUGGGAAUCUUCUCAUCAUCUCUGCUGUAGCAUUUGACAAGCACCUACACACUCCCAUGUAUUUCUUUCUGACAAACUUGGCCAUGCAGGAUCUUGGCUCAGUUUCAGCCAUUAUCCCCAAAUCAAUGGCCAAUUCUUUCAUCAGUGCCAGACACAUCUCUUAUUCGGGAUGUAUUGUUCAAGUUUUCUUUUUUGUGUUCUUCGUUGGAUCUGAUUUUUUUCUCCUUACUGUCAUGGCAUAUGAUAGGUAUGUUGCCAUCUGCAAUCCAUUACGAUAUGAAAUGGUGAUGAACAGGAAAGCCUGCACUCAGAUGGUGGCUAGUGUAUGGAUCACAGGACUUCUCUACAGUGUCUUACAUACUGGGGGCACCUUUGCAGUCCCUUUUUGUUCCAAUAUUAUCAAUCAGUUCUACUGUGAAAUCCCACACUUACUUCAGCUUUCCUGUUCCAACUCUUAUCUAGCUGAAGUUGGUGCUCUUGUGUUUAGUGCUAUUAUAGAGUUGGGUUGCUUUAUCUUCAUCAUUUUAACAUAUGUACUGAUUUUCACUGCAGUGCUGAGAAUGCCCUCAGUCCAGGGAAGGCAAAAGGCCUUCUCCACUUGCCUUCCCCAUCUCAUUGUAUUUUCUACAUUCAUAUUUACCGGGUGGUUUGCCUACCUGAGGCCUCCCUCAGACACUCCAUCUGAUUUGGAUUUGGCAUUAACUGUGAUAUAUACCUUGAUUCCACCCAUGAUGAAUCCAGUGAUCUACAGCAUGAGAAAUAAGGAGAUAAAGGUUGCCCUAGCAAAACUAUUUGCUUGCAUAUGCUCUUCUAAGUCCAUUUCUUUUACUUUGUGUAUGUAACUGUGAACUGUUUAUCUUCUGAGUUACCUUGAUUUACAGCAAAGAAAGCAAAAAUAUAUUGGCUGACAUCCUAACAGUGCAUGUAUACAAUGAACAAUGUUCUGCUAGUGGAAGUAGAUCAAGUAAUGGUGCUAAAUCACUGGAAGUUUGUUUGCAAAUGUGCUGUUGCAUAGACAUUCCUUUUUAGACAUAUGAGGUGUGCCAGCUGCUGCACAAGUGCAAACAUGUUUGUGCUUGUGCAAUACUACUCUGGAACAUUAGCUGCAGACUUAGUGGAACUCACCUGUGCAAUGUUCUGGCACAAGUGCAAUGUCCUUCCACAAGUGCACAGUUAGUCACGAUGUCUGCCACUGCAAUUGGAGAUGCAGCUGAGAUGGUACCAAUCCUGAUUCCCUUGCUCCAGUA